CCCCGCCGCGCCGCCCGCCGAUCGAACGGACCGCACGGACCGCACGGUCGCCCUCGCGACCACCAACUCGAUCGCGGGCCCCAUCCGUCGUCGUCCGUCCCCAUCCGUGUCCCGAUCGUCCUACCUCUCGCUCAAUUCCGCCACCGCCACCGCCGUAUACGCGAUCCGAGAACCUGACGGGCCCGGACCCGAACCGUUAGACGUCGAAGGGAAAAACGGCGAACCGCGAUCCGUAUCCUUCCCGUGGUGUGUCAUGGGGUGUUUCGGCAGCCAGAACAAGGACAGCCAGGAUGAAAGCAAAAAUCAGAAGAGACGAUCCGAUGCCAUCACUAGGCAGCUGCAGAAGGAUAAGCAGGUCUACCGUGCCACCCACAGGCUGCUCUUGCUCGGAGCAGGAGAAUCUGGCAAAAGCACGAUCGUCAAACAGAUGAGGAUACUGCACGUCAAUGGUUUCAGCGAGGCGGAAAAACGGCAGAAGAUUGAAGAUAUUAAGAAGAAUAUUAGGGACGCCAUUUUGACGAUAACCAGUGCGAUGAGUACAUUAACGCCGCCCGUUACACUAGGAGACACGUCAAAUCAGAGCAGAAUGGACUAUGUCCUGGAAGUCUCGUCUUCCCCAGACUUCGAUUAUCCUCCGGAAUUCUACGAUAUCGUCGAAACACUUUGGAAAGAUCGAGGCGUUCAGCAAAGCUUCGAGAGAAGUAACGAGUAUCAACUUAUCGAUUGCGCCAAAUAUUUUCUAGAUAAGGUAGCCAUCGUAAAACAGCCAGAUUACACGCCCACGGAGCAGGACAUCCUGAGGUGUCGAGUCCUCACGUCUGGCAUUUUUGAGACGCGGUUUCAGGUCGACAAAGUAAACUUUCAUAUGUUCGACGUCGGCGGCCAGCGUGACGAAAGAAGAAAAUGGAUACAGUGUUUCAACGAUGUCACAGCGAUUAUAUUCGUCACGGCGUGUAGUAGUUACAAUAUGGUACUCAGGGAAGACCCUACAAAAUUGAGACUCAGGGAGAGUCUCGAUCUCUUUAAAAGUAUCUGGAACAAUCGGUGGCUCCGCACGAUCUCGGUAAUCCUAUUCCUAAACAAGCAAGAUCUAUUAGCGGAAAAGGUGAAAGCGGGCAAGCACAAAUUGGAGGAUUACUUCCCGGAAUUCGCGCGCUAUCAAACACCAGUCGAGCCCGGGAUGGCUGCGGAUCCCUCGGAAAUACCUGACGUCAUAAGGGCCAAGUACUUCAUAAGAGACGAGUUCCUCCGCAUAAGUACGGCGAGCGGCGAUGGCAAGCACUAUUGUUAUCCACACUUUACGUGCGCCGUCGACACGGAGAACAUCAAGAGAGUGUUCAACGAUUGCCGGGACAUCAUCCAGCGGAUGCAUCUGCGCCAAUACGAGCUCUUGUGACUUCGUUUCUGCCGACGUCUUCUGUCAUUAUUCGUUAAUCUGACGGUCACGCUCGUGCUGCAUCUUGAAUCGCAUCUGCUGCAGCCAGUGCGAACUGUGAAUGAGCGAGAGCGAGCUGUGCCAUCAACUAUAGCUAUAGCCUCGCGAGGAGGACUCGUUCGAGUUCCAUACACCUGGGUAUAUUCAGGUAACGCGUAGGGCUUCCUCGCCAGUCCAAAAUGGGAAAACCGAAAAACGGAAAAACGGAAAAACC